UUGCCUUGAUCUGUGUGCCUGGCUGCCUCGGAAAGAGGGAGCAGCCCCCCUUUAGCUCUGGCUCCGUACCGCCAAGUUGCCUCGCGUGUCCUGGCUAAACGGGAGAGAGAAGAGCGAUUUAUUUUGGAGUGACGCGGGGUCUCCGAGGUUCCUGGCAAAAAAAAACAUUUCACUAUUUGCGAGCAGUGGGUUGCGACCUCCGAAAUCAAACGAUGGACAUGAAGAAGAGGGUUCAGUUGGAGCUGAGGAACAGGAUUCCUGCCGAGGUCAUAGAGCUCGUCUUGGACAACUGCCGCUCCAACGACGGGAAGAUUGAGGGGCUGACGGAUGCCUUCUCUGCUCUGGAGUACCUGAGCAUGAUCAGCGUCGGCCUCACCAGUCUCGCCAAUCUGCCCAAGCUGCCCAAGCUGAAGAAGCUGGAGUUGAGCGACAACAGGAUUUCCGGAGGUUUGGAGGUACUUGCCGAGAAAGCGCCGAAGCUCACCAGCCUGCACCUCAGCGGCAACAAAAUCAAAGACCUCGGCACAUUAGAACCCCUGAAAAAGCUGGAGCUGCUCAAGAGCCUCGACCUGUACAACUGCGAGGUGACACGGCACGAGGAUUACCGCGAGAAGCUCUUCCAGAUCCUGCCCACACUCACCUACCUUGAUGGCCUCGACCAGGAGGAGCAGGAGGCCCCCGAGUCGGACGGGGAAGAAGAUGAGGAAGAGUAUGAAGAUGAAGACCCACCGUCGGAGGAGGAGGAAGACGAGGACGAGGAUGCAAUAAAGGAGGAGGAGGAUCAGGAGGAGGAAGACGAGGACGACGACCCCGACAGCAAAGGAGAGAAGAGGAAACGAGAGCCGGACGAUGACGGCGAUGAAGACGACGACGACGAGUGACGCGGCAUCGCGCCGUGAACUCGCGACGGUGCAGCGGUCAGAUCCUCAAAAAGCAAGUCAGCAACCCGAGACGAGACGACAGCCCCCGGGCGCGUUGUGGGUGCUGCCAAGCAUGGGUCGGAAAGGGGCAUUGCUGGAUUGAUGAUGUCACGGAGAAUUGUAAUUUUUUGAGAAAUUACUCCCCUGUGCGUCGACGCAACAAAUCUGGCCGGGUCGGAGGGCGCGGGCUCAUAGUAAGAAGUUAAAUUAUAUCAAAUCUCAGUUUGGGGAAUUUGGAUCAGCCCAUCGUCCUUCUGGGUGGGGGCUGAUCAAAUGCUUACCACUUGGUAGUGAGGUCAGCAGUGGUUGUCCAAUGUGCUUAACUCACCCCAAACAUAGGAAUGUGGAAUUUCCAUCACUGGAUCGAAGUUGUAAAAAAUGAUGAGCGCCUCCCCACGAUUAUUCUAACCGAUCGAAGGCAAUUCGUCUUGCAAAUUAUGUUGGAACGCAGAGGUAAAAAAAAAACACUAAACAAACAAUGAUAAGUCAAAGUUUUCAUCUAAGGAAUUUACUUUUUAUUUAUACAAGAUAAAAACGUCAAACAGAUGUGAUUUGCAUGUGUAGGGGUAAUUUCUUUUGCUCGUUAUGUUUAAGUGUAAAGCUGGGAAGAUUAGUUAACGGCAAAAUGUACGCAACGUUCCGUGAAUGUCUUACAACCUCCUGAACCCGAUAGUGGAAUUAUCCGUUUCUCAUUUUAGCUUUGUGUGCUGUGGAAGCCGUUUAGUACUUAGGAUUUCAGAGUCUGUUGACCAAUAACGUACCGUGCCAGACUGCUUGGGCGCCACCUCCUCAAAUGGGUCUCUCCCUGCUCUGCGAUUGGGCGUCACGGGUCAGGCUAUUAAACGUCUACCGGUUUUGGCGGGGACAAUCCCCAAUGGUUUCAGAAAAGGCUGUUCCCCAGUGUCCCCUCCGGAUCUUUUGUGAAAACUCGGAAUCCUAAUGCACGACUCCUGAAACAGUCAAAGGGCAGGGCGCUACCUCAGCAGUCGGUUGAGGGGGUGGGGGUGUGGGGGUAGGCGAAGGCUUCCGUAUGGUGAGCGAGGCCACUGCCAAGAGACCUUUCACCGUGUGGUUGGGGCUGGUGGCUGAGCACACGUGGCGGACAGAGGGAGGGGGGAUGUCCCGGUUGAGCCUCCCGGAGAAAUGGUCGCGUUUUGGUGCGAGAGCGGUGCGAACGGGGACGCUUUGUGAUGCCACCCCAAUCAGUUUGGCGAGUGUGACCGUCUGUCCUUAGUUGUGAUGUUACAUGUUUAUUGCUCCACCGGCAUAAAAACGGAACAUGUACAUGAAUGUGGUGUGUGCCGAGUUAGUGCGUAGGUGUUAGCUCGACCACUGUGAAUAUCUUAAAAAUGUUAUAAACUGUUGGAUUUCCCUAGCACUCACGUUUGUAUUGGUUCUUGUAUGUUUGCCCCUUAAAAUUAAGCCAUUCACUCUCUGUAUGCUUCAGUCUUGAAUGUCCACAGACUGCUUUAAUACACAUUUUAUAAUUCAUAACCUGCGUGAGCAUCCAUCGCUCUACGUAAGUAUUCCAUAAGAAUGUGUAAACCCCUUUUAACAAUCUGCCGUGUUUGGCCCUCCCUAUGUAUAUUUGUAUUUGACCAGGCAAGCCCCACUGAGCUGCAUAGAAGUGACCUGGCCAGAAAUCACAGCUCAACGAAGUGGCUCAUCGUUUGGAAAUUUAGAGCAGAAAAAAACUCUAAACGCGUGGUGAUGUUAAUUCUAAAUGUGGAGGGGAAAAACCGGAGGACCCGGAGAAAAAUCCACGCUCCCACGGGCAGAGAGACAUGCAAACUCCAAAUAUACAACAAGUUGUCAGGGUCGGGAUCGAACCCACGUCCUGUAUACAAGGCAGGAUUGUUAACAUUUCGCCACCGUGGUGCCUGUCAUGGUGGUUGUUUAACCAUACUUCACCAUAUUUCAGACGCCACCGAUGUUAGUCAUUGACGGGCAUCGAAUUCAACUUUUCAGUUCAUGCUGCAUGCUGGGCUAACCCCAGAACCAUCUGUGACACCACGGGGUCAACACAGAGGUGAUGCGUACACGGUCACUCGUAACGUUCACGUAGGGCAGAAAAUUACGUUAAUAGAAUCCGAAAUAAACCUAAACAUGAUUACGUUAUGUAUUGCGAUCCUUUCCUAACUCCCAUCUCAGAAAGGUUUGGGGAGGGAAGGGGACAAGGGUGAGAGGAUGAGAGGAGAUUUAGGGGUGCGACCAAGUUAACGGGCAGGCUUCAUGGAGCAUGGAAGCGUGGAACCUGGGUGCUGACACCGAUUUUCAGCCAGAACCUGGGUCGUUUUUGGGCCAGCACAGCCCAGUUGCUGGUGACCAUGGUUACAAAGCGUUGUCCUUUGACCUCUGGUUCUUGUGUCUGAUCUAACUGGUGUAUCGUGCACUCACAAUGGAGUUCGUUUCGGGAAAAGGGGACGACUUGCGGUGACAUCAAGGCAGCUCCAAUCCAAUAGGUCCGUCCGACUCUCCCAAAUAAAUACCAGAACCGUGCUGAUCGGAGGUGCGGGCUAAUCGGAGGUGCGAAAAUACUGUAUAAAACCUCAUCACCCCGAAGGAAAAACAAACUCCAAGGAAAAAAAAUAGACAAAAGGAGGAAACAAUGCAGAUAAACACACAUAAACAACAACCCCAACGCCAUAUUGCAAUGGCGGACAAAGCAGAGGCUUCCUACCCCCAUCUCCCACCGGUUUACCAACCCCUAGUGACCAGCGUGGUGAAGUUUGACCAACGGUCAUCUCGCAGUGUAUUGACUCAAUGGCUAAAAAUGUAAUCGAAUCAAAUGGGCGACUUGUCUUUUGCAUGUCCAGCGCAACAACCAUCACACCCUAGCCGCAUCCCACUGUGCCUUUAGCCGUGCUGUUUUUCCACCAAACUUGUUUACAAAAAAAAAAAACUCAACCGGUAUUUGAUUUUUCUUUACCACUGAGGAGGGAAAAGCUUGAGAUCGUGGCUGUCCGGCCAUGUUUAUACAAACUGCAGGAAGCGCGCUCUCUGGGUGAUCACCCAGCAACAAAAAUAAAGAUUCCUGAACUUCCUUUAAUUUACGAGAACUCGUUUGCUUCAGUGUGGGCUUUCACCUGGCCGUGUUUGAGGGUUACCGAUAGCGUCACAAGUUCUCCGUUGUAUGUUUUUUUGGGGUAGUGCCUGCCACGGUUGCAAGAUGUCAACUACCUCGCCUGGUAUACAGGAGGUUGUCGGUUCAAUCUCGACCCUGACGCCUGCUGUAUAUUUGGAGUUUGUAUGUGUCUCCCUCUCCCCGUAGUCGCCGUAGUCGCGUGGAUUCUUCUCUGGGUCCUCCGGUUUCUCCCCUCAUUUAGAAUCAACAUCACGCGUUUAAGAGUAUGUGGUUGCUAUAAAUGUCCACAUGAUAAGCCACUUCGUUGAGCAAUCAUUUGUGAUUGCCAGGUCACUUCUGAAAAAGAGCCAGACAGCAUAGUCGGGCAUUUUACCUGGUAAUAUUAAAAAAAUUGUUCAUAGUUUUUAGUUAAAUUGUCGAGUUCGAUGUCCGAAGUGCAGACGCGGCAAGAACGGUUAAAAAACAGAGAGAAGCGUAUAACACAGCCACGCAAACCCACACACCGGGUGGUGUGGCGUCAUACGUUUUGUGUUGGAAAGUACAUCGAUAAUGAAUGAGAAAGUGCGCCAGCCCAAAUAAAUUAUUGAGUGACGUUUUCAGAGGUGAGCACGCUUGCCAAACUGUCCGCAUCUUCCCCUCGUAUCAUUCCGAUGGGGUUGGAAACCUGGUAGAUGGAAAGGUUGAUUGAAUAUGGUUAAAAUUAAUGUGAUUAAAUGUAGAUUUGAAGUUUUCGUGACUGUGUGGUGCCACAACGACGGGGCCGCUCUGCCGAACCAGGGAGCCGCCCGGCUUCCCCCACCGCACUGCCCCCCAUCACCCGCCCCACAUAAGCACACACCCGCACGCAUUUCCCCCCCCCAUAGAGCUGGAAGGGAAGGUCACCUGAUCGACCGGUUUUUAUCCGAGAGACCCUUAUCGGGAUUAAUUCUCACGGUUUCCGGCGAUCAGGGAAUUGGAUGACCCCCCCGUGCUACGUGGCACCGCGGCGCCGCGGCCGGCCUUAAUAUUGUGUGGUCGCGGCGUGGGGCAUUCGGCCACCGCGGUUGAGGCGCAUUUUCCCCCCCCACACACACUCCCACGGGUCGACGGGGCAAGCAGGGGAGGCACGGGACAGCAUGAAUAGCGGGGUCACAGGGGCUGUUGCGCAUAGUCAUGGGGGGUUGGGAUAAUUGCGCUGGAGCGCGCAGGCCCCAUUGUUAGGAAGGGUAAGGGAGUAAUUAGGAUGUACGCCGCCAACGUCGCUCACUGAUUAGCAUAUCAACAGCGCCCGGGGAACCGCCGUGCACGGGCUUGGGGUGCACGAGCCCAUUGUUCAGCGCAGCAUCCCCUUUGAGGUAGGGAGGAUAAAUAGAAGAGCGGAGAGGGGAAAUCGCCCCUUCUCUCCAGGCCAGCGGACCAGCAGGAGUUCCAGCCAGCGACCCGGACGUCCGUGCGACGCAUCGAGGUACGCUGUUAGCGCAGAGAGCAGCGAACCUCCGCGGGCACCAAACAGUGAGUGGGGAGGUAAAGUAGGGUAUCGUAGCAGAUAAAUCGGGAAUAGGUAUAGAGGUAUCAGCGUAGGCCAGCCUCGUCGACUCACUGAUUUGACAUCAAUUCGCAGGUAGCAUAUAAUAAAUCAUUAAUAGCGAA